AUCUGUGGGCAGUGCCAGACUUGCCCAGGCCCGCCCUUGCUAGCCCAAUGUAACCAAUAGAGCCAGCUGGUCCCAGUGUCAGCUCCAUUGUGCUGUCAAGACGUGCCGUGACGUCACGGCCCUCUUAUCCCCCUCUAGUGCCGUCUGGCUGCAGUGGCUCAGACAGGAGGGGAGAAAAACGCUGAGUGAGCCGGGGAGGGGCUCCUUAAAGAAACGCUGCCAUCCCUGGCUAAUCAUUUUUUUUUUGCAAUCUGGCCAUAAAGAAACCAAGGGGACACUUGGUCAUAGUCCCCACAGAAGAGCCCGGAGUGACCCCUGUUUAUUUGCACUGAUUCCAGAGCCAGGGUGGAGGGGGCACAGGGCAAAUCUGAAAACUGCCCCACCUGGCUGCCGCUGCCGCCCUCCUCCCCUCUUUCUCUCCUUAGUGCCGGCCGCCUCGCGUUCCUUUGUGUCUGAUCGUACCACUGAGAGCGGCCGGAGAGGGGGAGCCCUGACCAUGCCCAGCUCGCUGUUUGCCGACAUGGAGCGGAGCGGAGGAGGAGGUGAGACCUUGGAUGACCAGCGAGCCCUGCAGAUCGCCCUGGACCAGCUCUCCCUGCUCGGGCUGGACAAUGACGAGAGCUCCAUGUACGACAAUGAGCCCCGGAAAAAGAGCGUCAACAUGACGGAGUGCGUGCCGGUGCCCAGCUCGGAGCAUGUGGCGGAGAUCGUGGGCAGACAAGGUAAGCUGAGGGCAUGCCGGGUGCGUGGGGGGCUCUGUGUAAAGGAAUGCCAGGGGGCACAGUGUGUCCACAGUAUGGUCAGCUCACAUGGAGCCAGCCUGGCAUGCCAGCCGGGCACUGCAUGGGCACUGCAUGGGCAAGGCGUGCUCACACCCUCUAUGCCCUCUCCAUGCCAGCCAUGGACUGCUUUGUGUGCAGGGAGUGCAGUGUGAUGGUAUCUCAUGGGGUGAUGGUAUCUCAUGGGGUGAUGGUAUCUCAUGGGGUGAUGGUAUCUCAUGGGGUGAUGGUGUGUGCAGUGUGAUGGUAUCUCAUGGGGUGAUUGUGUGUGCAGUGUGAUGGUAUCUCAUGGGGUGAUUGUGUGUGCAGUGUGAUGGUAUCUCAUGGGGUGAUGGUGUGUGCAGAGUGAUGGUACCUCAUGGGGUGAUGGUACCUCAUGGGGUGAUGGUGUGUGCAGUGUGAUGGUAUCUCAUGGGGUGAUUGAUUGUGUGUACAGUGUGAUGGUAUCUCAUGGGGUGAUGGUGUGUGCAGUGUGAUGGUAUCUCAUGGGGUGAUGGUGUGUGCAGUGUGAUGGUAUCUCAUGGGGUGAUGGUGUGUGCAGUGUGAUGGUAUCUCAUGGGGUGAUGGUGUGUGCAGUGUGAUGGUAUCUCAUGGGGUGAUGCUUGGUUUACAAUAGGAGCCUUUUAUCCAUGGCUGGAGGAUGUAUAUGCAUGUAUCUAGCAGUGAUACAAUGUAGCAGAUAUAGUCAGGCUUCAUGCUAUGGAGUGGCUGCUGCUGUGUACAUGCUCUCAUUGUUGAUGGUUCCUUUAUCUUGCUUUAUCACCAAAGGUUGUGUCAGCAUUUGUAAAGCAGUGUGCCAGCGUCUGUACCCAUGCUGUGUACUGGCAUGGAGUGGCUGCUGCUGUGUACAUAGUCUCGGUGUUGAUGGUUGCUUUGCCCACGGGAGUUCUUUAUGUAUCACCAGAGGAUAUUAUCAGCAUUUGUGUAGCAGUAUGUAUACCCAGGCUGUGUAGUGGGUGCUGGGGUGUGUGCACGGUCUACUUGCUCAGGGUUGCUUUGUCUCUGGUAGUUCUUUAUUGUUAAUGGAUGUUUCUGCCUUUUAUGAAGCAAUGUGAUGGCAUCUCCCCAGGAUUGGUGCUGUUAUGGAGUGUGUGAUGUGUGUACAUGCUGUUGUUGAUAUUAUUUGCUUUGUUGGCACUGCAGUUUCAUCACUCCCAGAUACCCACCUUGGCUGUGCCCUUGGACCUUUACACGUUGUCUGUCAGGCUGUGUGUGUUGUUAUGACGUAUUGUCUGAUUGGCUUUGUGUAUUAUUGUGGCUGUUGUGUUUUAUUGCCUUUGUGCGUUUUGUGUCUCUUUCUGUUGUUGUGCUGUAUUGUGUCUCCUGCUGUUGUUGUGUGUUAUUGUGUGGCUGUUUUGUGUUAUUGUGCCUUUGACUGCUGCUGUCUUCCUGUCUGCUGUGUUAUUGUGUCCCUGGCUGCAAUAUCAUUGUAUCUCUGGCUAGUGUUGUCUCCCUGGCUAUUGUGUUAUUGUGUCCCUACCUGGUGCUGUCUCUUUGUGUUGUUCUAUUGUGUCUCUGGCUGUUUUGUUAUUGUGUCCCUAGUUGGUGCUGUCUCUCUGUGUUGUUAUUGUGUCCCUGGCUGGUGUUGUUAUUGUGUCUCUGGCUGGUGUUGUGUUGUUGUGUCCCUUGCUGAUGUCUCCCUUUGUUGUGUUAUUGUGUCCCUGGCUGGUGUUGUCUCCCUGGCUGUUAUUGUGUAGUGUGAUAUUUACACAGUGAGUUAUGGCCAUGUUAUCUCCACGUGUUGUGUUAUUGUGUGUCCCUGUGUUGUUGUUGUGUUAUUGUGUCUCUCCCUGUGUUGUGUUGUGUUAUUGUGUCCUUGGCAGUUGUUAUUGUGUGAUAUUUACACAGUGAGUAAUAAGCCAUGUUAUCUCCACGUGUUGUGUUAUUGUGUCUCUCCCUGUGUUGUGUUAUUGUGUGAUAUUUACACAGUGAGUAAUGUCAUGUUGUCUUCUUUGCUCCCAGGUUGUAAAAUCAAAGCUCUGCGGGCUAAGACCAACACAUACAUCAAGACCCCAGUCCGCGGGGAGGAGCCAGUCUUUGUUGUGACUGGGAGGAAGGAAGAUGUGGCCAUGGCCAGGAGGGAGAUCAUAUCUGCGGCCGAGCAUUUCUCCAUGAUCCGGGCCUCUCGGAACAAGAACGCGCUGAACGGGGGCUCGGUACCGGGCCCGCCCAACCUACCGGGGCAAACCACCAUCCAGGUCCGGGUCCCUUACCGGGUGGUGGGGCUGGUGGUGGGGCCCAAGGGGGCCACAAUCAAGCGGAUCCAGCAGCAGACCCACACCUACAUCGUGACCCCGAGCCGGGACAAGGAGCCGGUGUUCGAGGUGACCGGCAUGCCAGAGAAUGUGGACCGAGCCCGGGAAGAGAUCGAGGCUCACAUCGCGGUCCGCACCGGUGGCAUCAUCGAGCUCACCGACGAGAACGACUUUCACGCCAACGGUACGGACGUGGGCUUCGACCUGCACGGCCCCGGCAGCCUGUGGAGCAAGCCAAACUCGGGAGUGACCUCAGGCUCCCGAAAAACCUUCUCCAACUACCGAAAUGACAGCUCCAGCUCCCUGGGCAGUGCUUCCACCGACUCCUACUUUGGUGGUACCCCCAGGCUGGCAGACUACAGCCCCCCCAGCCCUGCCCUCAGCUUCACCAACAAUGGCAACAAUAACAACAAUGGCAAUGGAUAUGUGUAUGGCAGCGCUGGCGAGCUCGUCUCCCCGGACUGUACAGAUCUGGCCUUUGACAGCAGCUUCGACCCUGCACCCGCCCCACCAGGCACUGCCCUGCUCUGGUCACAGUACGAUCGCUCCCCACCAGGCAGUGCCAACUCCACCACCGCCUACCCCAGCAAUGCCAACAGCCUGCUGAGCGCCACCUGCCGGCGGCCCACCGCCCCACCGAGACUCUCCCCCCCACUGCACGGCGGCAACAGUGUGCUCUCCGAGCAUCCCCUAGCACGCAGAGUGCGCAGUGACCCCGGUGGUGGCCUCAGCUACUCCGCCUAUCCCAGCAUGGCCUCCUCCGACUCAUCCUCUUCCUCCUCAUCCUCCUCCAGCAGCAGCUCUUCCUCUUCCAGCUCGUCUUCCUCUUCAUCGGGUAUGAGGAGGAAAAGCAGCCGCGAUUGCUCCAUCUGUUUCGAGAGCGAGGUGAUCGCUGCCCUGGUCCCCUGCGGGCACAACCUCUUCUGCAUGGAGUGUGCUAACCGCAUCUGUGAGAAGAAUGAGCCCCAGUGCCCGGUGUGCCACACUGAGGUCACCCAGGCCAUCCGCAUCUUUUCCUAGGGGGCAAGAACCCAAGCCUUUAUUAUUAUUAUUAAUAUUAUUAUUAAUGACACUCAACUAUUUAAAUAAAGAACAUACACCCUGCCCUAUGGCUACAUUCCCACCUGUAUGGUGCCAUACAACAUGUGUCUCUAUAUGAUGAUAU